AUGACUGAGGAACACCAAGGAACAUUCGCCAAGCCGAAGCCGAAGCGGCAAGAGACUCGAAAAAGGUCACCCAAAAAUCACAACAAGAAGCCCGACGUGUCAGAGGUAGAGACUAUGGCCAAGCCUCUGCCAGCCCCCAAGGAAGACAAAGACUUGCUUAUAGUCUUGACUGACGAGUACUUGGGGACGCCAAAACUGGCAGAAGCAAUAACUCGUCAAAGUCCGAGUCACAACCAUAGCCAAGCUCGGCCUGAGAUCACAUUCGCGUAUUAUCCUUUCCUCUGCAUCAACAAUCUUAGCUCUUUGCAUACGGAUGACAUCAAUUAUCUGGACUCUCAAGGUUGUUUUAAGUUACCAGAAAGUAGCUGCUUGGACCAUCUGGUCCGGGCGUUCUUUCAUCAUGCUCAUCCGAUCUUGCCUGUUGUCAAUGAAGCCGAGUUCUGGUCGAUUUAUGAUCCAUUGACCUCUGGCGGCAAGACCAGUCGAGUCCCUGUUAUAUUACUUUCAGCAAUGCUGUUCGUGGCGUGCGAGUACGUGGAUGGUGAUGUCCUUCAAAGCAUGCAGCAUAGUACCGCACAUGAGGCGCGUGACAGCUUCCUUCGGAAGACCCAGCUUCUCUACGACCAAGAGACUGAGUCAUCACCAGUCGUCCUUGCCCAAGUAUCUCUUUUGCUUGCACACUGGACCUCACAAAAAAACUCAAGAACUAAUAGACCGAGCACUCAAUGGCUUGGUCGGGCAAUUCAUCAUUCUCAGGAUGCUAUUUACCAGGCCAAGCUUUCGACAUCAGUCAAAAGUCACUUCAGCCAGGGCAACCUUAGGCGACUGUGGGGAUGUUGCAUCCUCAGCGACUGUAUUCACAGCUUGUACACCCGUCGGCCGCUCAUGAUGCCUCCCGGUAUGGUUGAAGCAGAAAGAGAUUGCCUUGUGCUCUCUCGAGCCGAUUUGUCACAUGAGAUAGGACGGUCUCGAGUCUAUGGUGUCGAAGCAAAGCAGCGAUUUAUUGAAGCCCAGGAACAGAUGUCCGCUCUCAUCAGCAUCUUGAGAAGAGUUCUGGCUCUGGUCUACCCGCAAGGAGGCAUGGCCACUUGUAGAACUGCGUCGACGCUCGGAGGAGAGGGAUACGAGUCUCGUGAUUGCAAGAACCACCUGAAAACAUGGUAUAAUGACAGUUUGAUACUCCUCAUGUCCGGACGUGACUCCGCGUUGGGCUCGCCUGUUAGCCUCGACGAUGGAACAGAACAUAGGGGCUCACAACGUGACCCUAUAGAGCUCCUAGUAAGCAUGAUGCACCUCCAUUACGAGACUGCCAUGUUGGUGCUCUGUCAAAGCGAACUGUUGCACCUCACUGCGAAUACUCGUGCAACAUACUCAUCCUACAUGCUGCACGAGCAGGCUUCUUUCCGUAAUCAAAAAGACGAUCUUGCAAAUUGUAUCCUCAACUUGACGGAUCGGCUUUCAGAAUCAUUGCGGCAGCAACACCUAUCCAGGGUUCCACCUAUCAUGAUAUUCUGUACAGCACUUCCACUUUUUAUGCAUCUCCUAAACACCAAAGGCCCUCUACACAAUGGUCCAUCCUCCCCCAACGUGUCUUCGCCAUCGUUAAGCCUGCAAGACGUUGGGGUACAAUGUUCCCGUAACCCAAAUUGGGCGCGAGAGAUUAUAAAGUGUUUAGUACUGCACUUUAGAGAUGAGCUUGAGUACAUACUACAAGCUGUUAAAGCGGUAAAUAACAGCCUUACUGAAGGUCUCCAAGAAAGCCAAGAGUCACCAAUUCUCUUUGCUCAGGAAGAAGAAAUGCAAAUCGGCAACUGGCGCGAACUGUUAGACAAAAGACCGAGACUCUAUAUUCGCCUCAUCAAAAGGCUCGACAAUGUCAUCUCCUGGGGGGGACCUUUGCCCGAAACAGACAUGGUCGCCCCGUUCAAUGAAUACCAAAUACCGCCUGGCUCUAGCAUGACUCGACAAUUCCAAGCUGAGAAGCCGUCGCUGAAAUGGACCCCACCGGUGUCUUCAGCUUCAGCUCGACAAAACAUUAAACAAAGGACACCGUCUAUGUCGUACGGGGAUGAGCCAGCAGCACAGCUGGAAGUUGGCGAAACUGAUUCGGGCUGCCUGCACCCAGAAGGCCUACGUGAAAGCUUCAGCGAUAUUUUAAUGCAGAAGCUCGACCUUCCCCAAUCCUGCCUCGAUGAGGCACCUGGUGAAGCAUACUCACCGACGUCAUUGGAUCCUUCUCGGAGAAUUUGGGCAGAAAAGAUCGCCGGCAGUGACAGACGUGUCCUAGACCAGGUUGCUUCCCGCGAAGAAAUUAAACCCACAGCGAUUGACUUCACUGAUGCAGAUGAUAUGAUAUUAGUAGAUGGACUAAGUGAUGAGUGGAUAGAUGCAUUAUUGCAGAGUGAUAGCGCUGGCUAA